GCGGGCACGGAGCAGCCGCCGUCUCCAGCGCCCGUCCGUCUGAAACCGACGUGCAACGUGUCCCGCCGGCGCCCGCUGUCCUCGCAGCCUCCCCCGAGGAAGCCGGGCUUGCAUUGGCGCGGGGAGGGCAGCCCUCGGCCCCCGGGCGCGCUCCGCCGUUGCAAGCGGAGACCCUCCGGAGGGGCUGCGCCUUGCAAAGCCACGUUUUUUGCGAAGCGGAGCGGGAUCCAGCCAGCAAGAUGAAGGGUUGUCAGAACGACUGUGGAGCUGGAUGUGCCUCAGCCACCGCAAAGCACGUGACCGAAUCGUUCAAGGCUGCCGACUUAAUCAUCAACCCCGCUGCUACGUUCAAGGAAAAGCCGGAUCCCACUGGUCUCGUGUUUGGAACCGUGUUCUCUGACAACAUGCUGUUUAUAGAGUGGUCCUUAGCGUCAGGAUGGGAGAAACCUCAUAUUAAGCCUCUGGAGAACCUGUCCGUACAUCCCGCCAUAUCAGCCUUUCACUACGCCGUAGAACCACGAGGACUGACAGAGGCGAAACUGCUCCACAUGCUGUGGCUCAAUGAAUACACACUGUUCGAAGGCAUGAAGGCGUAUCGAGGAGCGGACGGCAAAAUCCGCCUCUUCCGACCCAGGCUGAACAUGGACCGGAUGCUGCGGUCGGCUAUGCGGGCUACUUUGCCGGGAUUUGACAAAGAAGAGCUUUUGGAGUGUAUCCGGAAACUUGUGGAAGUUGAAAAGGAGUGGGUGCCAUAUUCGACUUCGGCUAGCUUGUAUAUCCGCCCUACUUUGAUUGGAACAGAGCCGUCCCUCGGAGUCAAGAAGCCAUCCAAAGCCCUGUUAUACGUGAUCCUAAGCCCCGUGGGUCCGUACUUCUCAACCGGAAGCUUUAAUCCCAUAUCCUUGUGGGCCGAUCCAAAAUACGUCAGGGCCUGGAAAGGAGGAACAGGAGACUGCAAACUGGGAGGGAACUAUGGAUCUUCUAUAUAUGCCCAGCGUGAAGCUAUGGAGUUAGGGUGCCAACAGGUUCUCUGGCUAUAUGGGGAAGACCAUCAAAUCACAGAAGUUGGGACCAUGAAUCUCUUCCUGCAUUGGCAGAAUGAAGAUGGAGAGGAGGAACUGGCAACCCCACCCCUGGAUGGCAUCAUUCUCCCUGGUGUGACAAGGCAGAGUAUUUUGGACCUGGCACACAAGUGGGGGGAAUUCAAAGUAUCAGAGCGAUACAUCACCAUGAGCGAUUUGAUCGCUGCCUUAAAGGAUCGUCGAGUGAAGGAGAUGUUUGGGGCUGGAACCGCUUGUGUUGUGUGUCCUAUUUCAACAAUAUUGUAUCAGGGAGAGACUUUGCACAUUCCAACCAUGGACAACGGACCUAAGAUAGCAACCCGUUUUUUGAAAGAGCUGACUGAUAUCCAAUAUGGAAGAGAAGACAGCGAGUGGACAGUUGAGGUAUCCUGAACGCGGAGGACUGGAAAGUCUCAGCCCACUUGGAACACAGACCAAGGCAGGCCAGCGUACCACCUGACCGAUGACCGGCUGUACCAUAGCUCUGCGUAGCAUAGUCCAUGUGUAAUCACUUUGUUCCUGCGCCUGGGGGUGGGGUAGGGAUUGAUUUCCACGUGCCAGGGAGUGUGAGUACAAUCGUUUCGAUUUUCUACUGUGAUUUUGCUCUAGAGUAGAAAUCUGUCUUCUGGUAGAGGUGCUAGAUGUAAGCAAUAGACACUGUCUUGGCAGUUUUCCUGGUGCCCCCUCGUGUCCUCAGUACAGUCCACCAGUGUGUUUAAAAAAAGUUCUUCAACUGCUCUUCAGUCCAAGCCGAGUGCUGUCCGUGUUAACUUAAGCUUUUGAAGCACAGGCGAAGUUGCGUCCUGUAGCGCAGUUGCCAAAUGGCUCAGAGGUAACCUUUUUGCUAUCUUUGAGUCUUUUCUUUAUUCCCAGCUUGGGAAGACGAUCGAACUCUCUUGGUUUUUCUUCAUUUGUUUUUAAUCUUUUCUAUUGUUAUCUUUGAUCGUUGUGGGGACAUUUCUCUUAAAUCCCCGGAAGGCUUUUUACUUUUCCAGUUCCUCCUAGCCACCAAAUUUUCUAAACGAGAGUGAUUCCCUUCUGGUGUCUGGUGACACCAUGCCUUGGAUAAAUUCCCGUUGCUUCUCCCCACCCCCCUUCAUGAAAGGACAUCUUUAGUCACCAUAGGACACGCGUGGGGCUGCCCCCAGGUUUUGGGGUACCCUAGGCUAAGAUGCCUGAGGCACACAGAUGGAAUCUACCCACAUCCAGCUGGGCUGUAGUGAAAGCUGUUGUUCACCAUCCUUAUCACCUGGCAAUAGAGUGAGGUGACCGCCAAAUUGUCGCCAGGCAACAGAGUAUGGUAGUGCCCACCCUUAUCCCUUAUACAGGAAGGAGAG